AUAUUGUUUCAUUAUAUGUUUAAAAAUUAGUUUCUAAGAACGGAGAUUUUUCUUGUCUGAAUUCGAUUUACUAUGAAUUUAAGAUAUAGAAUUAUUUGGUGGGAUAUACCUAUUAAAUACAUAGAAGAUCGGGUCUAGGUAAAAAUUUCUCCUAAGAUAAAUUUUUCUUAGCUAGAUCUAAUUCACCAUAAAUUUAAAAUACAAUAUAUAUAAUAGAAUUUACCUAUUAAAUACAAAGAUCUAAUAUGUUUAAGUCAUACUUCAAUUAAUUACCACCAAAUUUGCCAACACUUAAUGAGCCUGUUGUUCGGCUUUGUGUGCAAAAUCCUAUUACGAUAACAGGAUAAAAAGGUCCAAAUUUAACGAGUUACAUUUUUUACUUCCGUAAAUUUUGGAGCUUUGUGGUUUUCUGAUCAUUCUUUUAAGUAAAUUUUGGAGCUUUGAUGUUGUCUAAUCAUUUUUUUAAGUAAAUUUUGGAGCUUUGAUGUUGUCUAAUCAUUCUUUUAAUGGUAAAGAGAUAAUUGUGGUCUGUCUAUACAAAUACUGGUUGAAAAAUUUUUGAAUUAGGCAACAAACUCUACGCACACAGAGUGCUGUCUCUGAAUCUCAAAGCCAUUAGCCAUGGCAUAUGCCAAAGUGCAAUGUCCUUGUUUCUUAAUUUUUUCCUAUCUUCUUCUCAUUCUUGUUCAUCUUAAUUCAAGUGACGCACAAGAUUUAAAGGCAUGCAAAUUCAAUACGAUAUAUCAAUUUGGUGAUUCAAUAUCAGAAACGGGCAAUGCGAUUAUAGAAUUUCCUAUACUUCCAUAUGGCAGGUUUCCCUAUGGCAUGUCAGUUAAAGAAGCAACUGGUAGACCUUCAGAUGGCUGGCUAAUGAUUGAUUAUAUUGCACAAUCAGCAGGUCUUCCAUUACUUGAACCAUAUGAAAAUCCAAAUUCAAAUUUUACACAGGGAGUGGAUUUUUCAGUUGCUGGUGUUACUGCUGUAUCUGUGGAUACUCUAAUCAAGUGGGAUAUCCCACCUUUUGUCACCAACAAUUCUCUUAUGGUUCAAGUUGACUGGUUCAACAAGUAUUUACCAACCUUUUGCACUAAUGUUGCAGAUUGUCAAGAGAAGCUUAAAUCAUCCCUGUUCAUGAUUGGAACAAUUGGAUUCAAUGAUUAUAAUCUUGCAUUUGGUCAAAACAAAACCCUUGAAGAGAUAAAGAACAUCAUGGUGCCUGGAGUGGUGCAAACCAUAAUAGAUUCAGUCAAAAAAAUUAUCAGUUUCGGCGCAACUCAAGUGGUCGUCACCGGAACCUUUCAAAUGGGUUGCACGCCAGGCUUGCUUACAAUGUUUUCAACAAACACAUCUGCUGCUUACGAUGCACAUGGUUGUCUAAAGGAUUACAAUGACUUCUUUAUGUAUCACAAUAGCCAUCUCCAAGUAGCUCUUGAGGGAUUGAGAAAGGAAUACCCUAACACACAUAUCAUAUAUGGCGAUAUUUACAAUGCAUUACAAUCGAUUCUGGAUAAUUUUUCAAAACUUGGAUUUAAAUCAUUAACACAAGCUUGUUGCGGGAUUGGAGGAAAAUAUAAUUACAGUCAUGACCGUGCUCAAGGUUGUGGACAAGCUGGUGUGCCAGUUUGCUCGAAUCCUGCAGAAUAUGUGUUUUGGGAUGUAGCACAUUUUACACAUCAAGCAAAUAAAUAUUUAUCAGAAUGGCUUAUAAAAAACAUGCUGCCACAGCUUCAAUGCGCAUGACAAGGUCUUGUUAGGCAUUUUUGUUGAUUUUAUUCCUCAAUUGUGUAAUUUUUAGUUUGUCAAUGCGCCAUUGAUCAUAUCAAUAUAAGCAUUCAGAAGAGGGCUGGUUUGAAGAUAUA